UAUGGCUACGAUGAUGAUGCCUGUGAUGAUGAUGCCUGUGAUGAUGAUGCCUGUAAUGAUGAUGCCUGGGAUGAUGAAGCGUGUGAUGAUGCUUGUGAUGAUGAUUCCUGUGAUGAUGAUGCCUGUGAUGAUGAUGAUGAUGAUGAUGAUGAUGAUGAUGAUGAUGAUGAUGAUGAUGAUGAUGAUGAUGAUGAUGCCUGUGAUGAUGAUGAUUAUGAUGAUGAUGAUGAUGAUGAUGAUGAUGAUGAUGAUGAUGAUGAUGAUGAUGAUGAUGAUGAUGAUGAUGAUGAUGAUGAUGAUGAUGAUGAUGAUGAUGAUGCCUGUGAUGAUGAUGCCUGUGAUGAUGAUGCCUGUGAUGAUGCUUGUGAUGAUGAUGUCAUUGAUGAUGAUGAUGCCUGUGAUGAUGAUGCCUGUGAUGAUGAUGUCUGUGAUGAUGAUGAUGCCUGUGAUGAUGAUGCCUGUGAUGAUGAUGCAUGUGAUGAUGCUUGUGAUGAUGAUGCUUGUGAUGAUGAUGCUUGUAAUGAUGAUGCAUGUGAUGAUGUUGAUGCUGCUUCUGAUGAUGAUGAUCAUGUUGAUGAUGAUGAUGAUGAUGGUGACGACGACGACUUCGACGACGACGAUGCUGCUGCUGCUGAUGAUGAUGAUGAUGAUUUUUCUUAUUGGCAGACAGAUUUUGUCGGAUUGACGCAGGGGAUCAAAUUGACUCUAGCGUUAAACGCCACUACCACAUCGAAACCAUGCGAAUGUAGGGGCCUCACAUUUAAUCUUGCACAGCAAUUUCGUAUAGUUCUGUGUGGUGUAAAAUUGGCAUUGCAAUUAGUCAACUUAAGUAUCUGA